AUGUCGUUGUCGGAUGCGCUCCAUCGGUCAACCAACGCAGCGCCGUCUCGCGAAUGUCAUAAAAAAGAGUUCGCAAAAAAAGUUUAGUGAGUAUUGUGUGAAAUAAACUGAAUAUCUUAUCAAUUGUAGUGUUUGUGAUAAAAAUUUUUGAAUGAAAACAUAUCAUUUUGCCGCCGGAGACGCAGUUUACGAAAGCAGAUCCUGUAAGAUAUGACCAAGAGCUCGUGACACAACAUGGCGCGUCACCUGGUCACAGUAUGCAUGUUCUGUCUGCUUUGCGCGGCGCACACAUGCGCAUCGCACGUCGACACUCACAACCUGCACACAUACACACCCUCCAUAGACAUGGACGUGAUACCAACGUAUAACCUGGAGAAGAUACAAACGAAGAGACACCAAAAGUUGAGGCACAAACGCGAAGUCAGGAAUGUGAACCCAGCAGCGUAUAUAGAACAGAUCUUUAGGCUGUAUGGUGAUGCUGGGUCCAUGACGAUGAAUCUAACUGGCUUCAAUAAGAUGCUCAGAGGGUUGGAUCUACACAAAUUGGUUGAGGGGGGUGUACAGAAGAUUGAGAAUAAGGAUUAUAUAUAUUAUGGACAAAGCGUGAAGGAUGAUGAAGUUAGUUGUGUAAGCAGUUCAGAAUUAAUCACAACGGUCAACACGAGGUUAAAACCUCACGACCACGACCACGAGCACGGUCACAGCGACCACGCGGCCGAUGACCACGAGGCUGAGAAUCUCAUAUCGGAGGACGCGUUGAGGGCGAUAUGCCCUAUCCUGUUAUACCAGAAACUUGCCAAUAGUUCUAUAGAGAGGGACGGUUGUUUAAAAGAAAUGAACUUCCCAUCAAAUCGAUUAGACGUACGACACAAAGAAAAGGAGAAUGCAUAUUCAAAGAAUAUGUUUCACGUGUGGUUAUAUUCUUCUUUAAGUAUAAGCGCGAUCAGCGCUUGCGGGCUGUUGGGUGUGGCUGUGAUACCAAUCAUGCAUAAGACGUAUUAUAAUCAUCUCCUACAGUUCUUAGUAGCUCUAGCUGUAGGCACGCUUUGUGGGGAUGCCUUGUUACAUUUAAUGCCACACGCCAUGAGUCCCAUGGAACAUGAUCACUCAGAAAAUGCCAUAGAAGUUAGAGCGUCACAUGACGAUGGCAUGUGGAAAGGCCUGGCCGCCAUGCUGGGUGUAGUAUUCUUCUAUUUCACAGAAAAAGGCCUAACAGUGGUCGUUGAAUGGAGAAAGAGGCGACAAAAGCUCGAAGAAGACAAACUGCCUUCAAGAGUCAGGGUGCUUAAAGACGAAACAGUCGGAGGUUGUUCGGGAGGCUCUAAAGCGCCAAUAUCGAACUCCACGUCAAAUUCUCUAAUGAAAAUCUUUAAGAGGGACGACAAGGGUGAUCCAACAACGAAAACGUGUAAACACAAGUACUCAGAGUAUCCAUAUUGUUACGACGAAAUCGACACAGACACACAUGAUGAACAUCACAUGCGUGAUGGUGUUCCACCAAGCCCGAAAGCGAAUAAUAAACAUAAUAAUAGUGUUAGUGUAGUAUCGUCCAAUGCGUUGAACCCUGAGGGGAAAGAAAAUGAGCCUACAGCUAAAGAUUGGCUGUUAAAGGGAGAGGCACCAGCGGUUGUGGAAAUGAACAAUAUUAAACAUAAGGAUGAUGUUAAGGAUUUGAAGGAUGGUGACAGUUAUACUGUUAUAUUGAGGGAACAUUCUCGCGCCCACCACGGUCACUCGCACGCGCACGGCCACGUGCACGCGCCGCCAUCUUCGAUGUCGUCCGUCGCGUGGAUGGUGAUCAUGGGCGACGGGCUGCACAACUUCACCGAUGGCAUGGCGAUCGGCGCUGCAUUCGCAUCGAACAUCGCCGGUGGUUUUUCAACAGCCAUUGCAGUAUUAUGCCACGAGUUGCCGCAUGAGUUGGGCGACUUCGCGGUACUCCUAAAAGCGGGCAUGUCCGUAAAACGGGCCGUGUGCUACAACAUACUGUCUUCAGCACUAUGCCUUGCUGGUAUGGUGUGCGGUGUGUUAGCAGGACAUGCUCCGUCUGCUACGCGUUGGCUGUUCGCAGCUGCAGCAGGAAUGUUCCUGUAUAUUGCCUUGGUUGAUAUGAUGCCAGAACUAAGCACCUCCCACAGCAAGGAAGGAACCCUAUGCCAAUGUUUCCUACAAUUGAUGGGCUUGGCUAGCGGCAUAGGUAUCAUGCUGGUUAUAGCCCUCUACGAACACGACCUGAAAACCCUGUUCGGCUAAGUGAUAGUGAUAAU